AAUAGCGACGGCUGCUGAGGAGAAAAGGGGGAAACCGGAGUGCGUGUAAAUUAACGUAUUCAAAUCAGACGAGAGGGACGGAAGAAAGAAGUGAAGCUCACAUCCGAUCUAAUGGAGGAAGAGAAGAGCGAACAGAUGAAACCUCUCCUCACUACAGGUAACGAUGAUGAAGCUGUAGUGGACUUGGGGAAGACGAGCUCCACCACCCACACUAACUUUGAGAAGGAGGAGCUUGAAAGUCACAGAGCCGUGUAUGUCGGCGUCCACGUCCCUUUGGGGCGUCAAAGCAGGAGACGGCAUCGACAUCGAGGACACAGACACCGCAAACGGAGAGACCGAGGCUCUGAGCGGGAGGAUGGACGAGAGUCCCCCACAUGCGACACUCCCUCUCAGCGUGUUCAGUUUAUUCUGGGUACAGAGGAUGAUGAUGAAGAGCACAUUCCCCAUGACCUGUUCACUGAGCUGGACGAGCUGCACUUUCUCGAUGGAGAGAUGUACGAGUGGAAGGAGAUGGCAAGGUGGCUGAAGUUUGAGGAGGACGUAGAGGAUGGAGGUGAGAGAUGGAGUAAGCCGUAUGUAGCCACUCUCUCGCUCCACAGCCUGUUUGAGCUCCGCAGCUGCAUCAUGAACGGGACGGUGCUGCUGGACAUGAGAGCUAACACCAUCGAGGAGAUCGCAGACAUGUUCAUCGACAGCAUGGUGGCUUCGGAGCAGCUGGACGAGUCUCUGAAGGAGAAGGUUCGAGAGGCCAUGCUGAAGCGUCACCAUCAUCAGAGCGAAAAGAAGUUGAGCAACCGCAUCCCGCUUGUGCGCUCUUUCGCUGAUAUAGGCAAGAAACACUCGGACCCACACUUACUCGACCGGAACGGUCUCAUGGCGUCUCCACACUCGGCUCCAGGGAACCUGGAGAACAGUAAACCCAGUGAGAGUCGGAUAAACGGGGGGAGCAGAGAGAACAGCACGGUGGACUUCAGUAAGCCACGACAACAGGACCGUUGCAUCUGUUUUCACUGUCGUUGUGGAAGUGAGAGACCCAGCGUGGAUAUGAACUUCAUGAAGAAGAUUCCUCCUGGUGCCGAGGCGUCUAACGUAUUGGUUGGUGAAGUUGACUUUCUAGAUAGACCCAUCAUCGCCUUCAUCCGUCUCUCACCUGCUGUUCUCCUCACUGGCCUCACUGAGGUCCCAGUCCCCACAAGGUUCCUGUUUUUGUUGCUCGGGCCAUUUGGUAAAGGUUCUCAGUACCACGAGAUUGGCCGCUCCAUUGCUACACUGAUGACUGAUGAGAUUUUUCAUGACGUUGCAUAUAAGGCUAAAGACAGAAAUGACCUGCUGUCCGGAAUCGAUGAGUUUCUGGAUCAGGUGACUGUUCUCCCCCCGGGUGAGUGGGACCCCACCAUCCGCAUAGAACCACCUAAAAAUGUCCCGUCUCAGGAGAAAAGGAAGAUCCCGGUGCCAAAUGGCUCUGCUCCCCUGUCUGAGGUCAUCAAAGAGGAGGAGCCUCACACAGGACCAGAACUGAAGAGGACAGGACGUAUAUUUGGUGGUCUGGUGUUGGAUGUGAAGAGGAAAGCUCCGUUUUAUUGGAGCGAUCUCCGUGAUGCGUUCAGUCUGCAGUGUUUGGCGUCGGUCCUGUUCCUAUACUGCGCCUGCAUGUCUCCCGUCAUCACAUUCGGUGGCCUGCUGGGUGAAAUUACCAAGAACAACAUUAGUGCGAUUGAGUCCUUAUUUGGAGCGUCUCUGACCGGAGUGGCAUACUCUCUCUUUGCUGGUCAGCCUCUCACGAUCCUGGGCAGCACCGGCCCGGUUCUGGUGUUUGAGAAAAUCCUCUUUAAGUUCUGCAGUGAUUACGGCCUGUCCUACCUCCCUCUGCGCACCAGUAUUGGUUUGUGGACGGCGUUCCUAUGUGUUGUGUUGGUGGCCACAGAUGCAAGUUCUCUGGUGUGUUACAUCACACGCUUCACGGAGGAAGCCUUCGCUGCACUCAUCUGCAUCAUCUUCAUCUAUGAGGCACUGGAGAAGCUCUUCCACCUGAGUGACAUGUUCCCUAUCAACAUGGACAAUGAUCUGGACAACCUGACCUUCUACAGAUGUCAGUGUUCUCCACCCGUGAAUGCCACACCUGAGCUCACAAACCUAUGGAACCAGAGCAGUUUCAUACCCGACACCAUCAACUGGAGUGAGCUGGAUGUGACUACGUGUAAAAAGCUACAGGGCGUGUUUGUGGGCCCGGCGUGCAGUGACCAUGGCCCCUUCAUACCUGACGUCUUGUUCUGGUCCAUCAUCCUCUUCUUCACCACCUUCUUCCUCUGUGCCUUCCUCAAACAGUUCAGGACCAAACGCUACUUUCCCACCAGGGUUCGCUCUACUAUCAGUGAUUUUGCGGUGUUUCUCACCAUCCUGUUCAUGGUGCUGCUGGAUUACCUGGUGGGGAUUCCUUCACCCAAACUCAAUGUGCCUGACACCUUUGAGCCCACAUCUAAAGGCCGUGGUUGGUGGAUGACCCCAUUGGGUUCAAAUCCUUGGUGGACAAUGUUAGCGGCAGUGAUUCCUGCUCUGCUUUGUACCAUCCUCAUCUUCAUGGAUCAGCAGAUCACUGCUGUCAUCAUCAACCGCAAGGAGCACAAGCUCAAGAAAGGCUGUGGGUAUCACCUGGACCUGCUGGUGGUGGCUGUGAUGUUGGGUGUGUGCUCUCUGAUGGGGUUGCCCUGGUUUGUAGCUGCCACCGUUCUCUCCAUCUCACAUGUGAACUCCCUGAAGGUGGAGUCUCAGUGCUCAGCUCCAGGGGAACAGCCCAAAUUCCUGGGAAUCAGAGAACAGCGAGUCACUGGCUUCAUGAUCUUCAUCCUCAUGGGAUUAUCAGUUUUCAUGACCUCUGUGCUCAAGUUUAUUCCCAUGCCAGUGCUGUAUGGAGUUUUCCUCUACAUGGGCGCGUCGUCCCUUAAAGGCAUCCAGUUUUUUGACCGUAUUAAGCUGUUUGGGAUGCCUGCUAAGCACCAGCCUGAUCUCAUCUACCUGCGCUACGUUCCUCUGUGGAAGGUCCACGUGUUCACCUUUGUACAGCUCACCUGCCUCGUGCUACUGUGGAUCAUCAAAGCCUCAGCUGCUGCCGUGGUGUUCCCCAUGAUGGUCUUGGCUUUGGUGUUUGUGCGGAAGCUUCUAGAUUUCUGCUUUACAAAGCGAGAGCUCAGCUGGCUGGAUGACUUGAUGCCAGAGAGCAAGAAGAAAAAGGAGGAUGACAAGAAGCUCGCUGAAGAGCAGGAGGCAGAGCGAAUGCUGGAAGUUCAGGGAGUGAUUGAUUACGACGACCUGCUCAGCAUCAAAGCCCUAAAAGUCAGCACUGACCCAUCUGUGGUUAACAUUACUGAUGAAAUGGCCAAAACCAGUAUGUGGAAAGCUGUGAACUCCGACUCCUCCAAAGGGCCCAAAUAUAGGGAAAGUGAUAAAAGUCCCAGCAUUAAAAUCACAGUCGACGACUCAGAUGGGGGGACGUUUGUGGACACAGAGACAUCUCUAUGACAACGGCAGAGAGAGAGCAGAGAGAGAUGAGUUUCUCACAACAAAGGCCAAAUGAGAUCAGGAGGAAACCUGCUGCUCUGUUUUAUCGUCACACACACACACACACACACACACACACACACACACACACA